AUGUUCGCCUCCGCCUUCCUCGUCAACGUCCUCCUCGCGACUGCCGCGUUUGCGAUCCCGACCUCGCGCGAGCGUCUGAACCAGCGCGUUGCGCGCCGCCUCGGGCUCGACCACCAGUCCGGCGUCAAGGUUGCGAGCUCGUCGGACAUCGCGGCGACCGGGAACACCACGCACGCCGAGUUCAGCUCCAACUGGUCAGGCGCCGUUCUCGUCCAAGGCAGCGGCACGUUCAAGUCGGUGACCGGAACCUUCACGAUCCCGACGCCGAAGGAGCCCUCUGGUGGCUCCGGUACUCACUCCGCGUCUGCAUGGGUCGGCAUCGACGGCGACACCUGCGGCACCGCCAUCCUCCAGACCGGUAUUGACUUCACCGUCUCCGGCACGCGCACCUCCUUCGAUGCCUGGUUCGAGUGGUUCCCCGACUUCGCGCACGACUUCAGCGGCAUCUCCCUCAGCCCCGGCAACUCCAUCACCGUCUCCGUUGUCGCGACCUCGACCACGGGCGGGACCGCGACGAUCGUGAACCACUCGACGGGCCAGACCGUCUCGCACACGUUCUCCGGCCAGCCCGCGCUCUGCCAGGAGAACGCGGAGUGGAUCGUGGAGGACUUCGAGUCCGGGAACUCGCUCGUCCCGCUCGCCAACUGGGGCACCGUCACCUUCACCGGCGCCAGCGCGGGCACGUCCUCCGGCACCGUCACGCCCUCGGGCGCGACGAUCAUCAACAUGGAGCAGAACGGGCGCGUGCUCACGAACGCGGCCGCGAGCGGCUCGUCCGUCACCGUCCAGUACACCGGCCCUUGA